GCUCCGCCGGUAGCACUCGGAAGUGGGGAAACCCGAAUUCCACCCCGACUUCUCCACUCUCCGGCCUCCACCCAGGAGAGCCCUAAUCCUGAACCAGCCUACCCUCAAGCUCCCUUGAGCUCUCCCCAUGGCGUCCGCCUGGUGCCUCGUGGCCCCGGCCGCCGCGCCCGGCGCCCUCGGCGUCUGCGUCGCGCGGGCGGCGGUCCCGUCCAGGAGGCGCCGCAGGUGGGACGCGCUUGUCGUCUGUAUGGCCCCCGACGAGGAGAAGAUUACGCGGCGCUCGCCGCUCGAUUUCCCCAUCGAAUGGGAGAAACCUAAGCCUGGGAGGAGACCUGACAUCUUCCCAAAGUUCAGCCCUAUGAAAACACCAUUGCCCCAUCCAUUACCAGCUGACGAUCCUCUGGAUGAUGAUGAGGAAGAAGAAGAGGAGGAAGCACAACCUCAAGAAGAACCACAGGAGGAUGAUCCUGACAAGGAAGAUCCCGAGGAAGAUGACCCAGACAAGCCUACUGAGUAAUUUUGGAUGAGGUGGGUCGUGGUAGAUAGAAGCAGAAUGUGUGGGGUUUGAGCUAAGUUCGGAAAUGUUAGUUCUGUCGGCUUAUAUAGGCUCUAGACAUAAGUUUGUUCUGCAAAGACCUUUGAGCUUUUCUGAAGCUAUGAAGUUUUGUUCCACUGGUAUCAGUCUGAAUUGGGUAUAUUAUACAAUAAGCUGUUGCGUGUUCGACAA